ACACCCCCACCCUUGAUAAGUCUACCUUCCUUUUCUUCUUCGUCUAUCUUUAUUUCAUAUUCAAAGGGCUAAAAUAGAAAAUUGAUGAACAAUAAUCGUGGUGUUUAAUUAUUGGAGGAACUGAAGAGCACUAUGAAGGAGGGUGGUGGUCGGAAGCAAGGUGCAAUGUCGCCGUGUGCGGCAUGCAAGCUUCUCCGGCGGCGAUGCGCAAAGGAUUGCGUGUUUGCACCGUAUUUCCCGGCUGAUGAGCCCCAGAAAUUUGGGAGUGUCCACAAGGUUUUUGGUGCUAGCAAUGUCAACAAGAUGUUACAGGAACUACCAGAGCACCAAAGAAGUGAUGCAGUGAGUUCAAUGGUGUAUGAGGCAAAUGCAAGAGUAAGAGACCCUGUGUAUGGAUGUGUGGGUGCAAUAUCUUCUCUUCAGCAACAAGUUGAUGUUCUCCGAACCCAAUUGGCUCUUGCACAAGCCGAAGUUGUUCACAUGAGAAUGCGCCAAUUCCCAUCAUCUAAUCAUCAUGACCCUCCAAUUUCAUCUUCAUCGAAUCAUCACCAUCCAAUUUCAUCAUCACCAUCAGAGAAUAACAAUAAUUUGAGCCAGACCAAGUCCCUUUUUUCCAUAGACAUGGUCCUUGAUCAUCAAUCCAAUAUGGGACAGUCCCUUUGGUCAUGCUAGGAUUAAUUAUAAUAUUAUAUAGCUAAUAUAAUCAAUUAGGUUACGGAGUGAGUGCAUAUAUUAUUGGACAUAAAUUAUUAUUAUUAUUAUUAUUAUUAUUAUUAUUAUUAUAGUGUCUGCCUCAUUAGUACCUUUUAUUUGCAUUUUUUUUCUCUCACUUUUUAUUUGCCCUUCUUAUUAUGAUAGAAAAAGACUCCUCUGUCUCAAUCUCUUUUUAUGUGACCAAAGAGAUUAUGAUGAUUAAUCUGUUAGCUAUAUAUAUGUAAGGAAAAGUCUAAGGGGAAGCAACUUUUGUGUUUUAUGGCAAGCACUUAACCAUAAAAAAAAGUGAGUGAUUUUUUAUCAUUGGAUGUAAUUUCACACCAUUAAAAAGACUAU